AUGGGCUAUCCUUAUCUAUGGAAUUCACAAGAUGUUGGGAUUUAUUCUGGUGUUACCGAUGUGGUGUCUGCAAUCGUUGCAAUUGUUUUCACAGUUUCAGUAGCUAGAAUAAAACGUGCAGUUGAAUCAAAGUCAAACGACAAGGUGCUAGAAAUAUCAGUCGAUGUGAAAAGUAACUACAUUGAUUCUGAGAAGAAGAAAACUAGUAUCGUCAACUUACUAUUAACAAUACUCAUUUGCAGUAUAUUCAUGAUAUUGGUCAACAGAUUUUUACUGGGUAUAUCACAUAUGUUUGUAUCUUCCACAGCAAAUAUUUUAGUUUAUGUGGCUACGGUACCCAGAAUGGCUAAAGGGUUAACUAGUCCCAUAUUACGAACACUAAUAUCAAUGUGGACUGAUCACGCGAAACAAGAUACAUGA